UUCUUUUAAAUUCUAUCUUUGGAAUAGUCUCUGUUAUAUGUUUCAUAGAUCUAGUAGUUGGAUUAUUGGUUAUAACUUUAUAAUUUAUAAGUUUGUUAAAAUAAGGUCAUGCAAGUGACAUACAAUAGCAAAUUAUCAGAAACAUGUAUUGUAUGGUACACAUCGGAAUACGACUUGGGUAUUUUGUUGACUUGUUGUUUGUAUAAUGAAACAAGCUAGAGAAAACACACUGGGCAAAUAUUUUUAACUCCGCCUGGAUAAGCCUUCAGGAAUAUCUAGCCGGUCCCAGGCAAAGGAGGAGGGUUAGAUCAAGCUCUCUCAAAUAGAAUACUCAAGGCUAGGUGAUGUGUAAUCUAGUUUAUAAAUCUAGAUUCUAAAAUUUCCACUAGAUCUAGAUCUAGAUCUAGAUUAGAAACUUGAUCUAAUCUAUUUCUACUUUUUUUAAUGGCUGACAACACUGAUUUUCAAAAAGCGAGAUGUAAAAAAGUUUCUGUCCGAAUAUAAUAGACAACGAUGACUUUAUCAAAGAAAUCAAGAUAAAUAAGCCUUUAAGGGAAUUUCUUACAUUGACUCCUGCAUAUGGAAGAUCAAAUUAUUCUCUGUGUUCGGAUUCUUCUGAUAACACAUUAACUGAAUAUGCUCAGAAACUUGAAAAACCUACAGAAUCUAAAGAUGUUUUGUCAACUGUUGUCAGUUCAAAGAGUAAACAUCCUGUAUCAUUUAAUGUUCAUUUGUCAAAGAAAAGAAUAUUGAUGCUGGGAAAACUAAAAGCUGGAGAAGGUAAAACGUCUAGGAAAUCCUUAAGAGACACAGAUAAAUUUUGCAGCACCUGUGUAUACUCAAAUGAUAAAAUUCAAACAACAGAUUGCGAAAUGACCUAUGGAUUAUCUUACAAGUCUCCCCCUAUCAAUUCUUUUGAGGGAAUCCCAAAUUCUGAAAAUACAAAGAUGGAUAAUUUCAAAGACACUGUUGUUAUUACCCCACCACCAGAAUUUAUUCGCUAUUCAAAAUUUGGAGAAAUAGAUUUUUCAGACAUAGUAAAAAAAGCUGUAAUUGAAUUACUUGAUAGGGGCACAGCUCACAUAUACCUACUAGCUGACAAAAAAGGAAACUAUCAGGAAGCAAGUUUCUACAAAUGUUCCUACAAAGCAAUUCAUGAAAAUGGCUUUUUGAAAUUCAUUCCAUCAAUUUUUCCUCCAUCGAAAGAUAAGUCUCUGUUUAAGAAUUCGUGUAAGGUAAAUUGUGAAUCAAAAUGUUAUGAAGAUGCAAUUCAAAUAAAAGCUGAGUCUUGUUUUAUUAACAAGUCAGACAAAAUUUUUGAAAACAAAAAAUUGCCAAUGCAGUUUGAGCCAUACAAAACAUCAUUUGAAAAAGCCGUUACCAAUCUUAAUAAAGUUCAACCUGACAUGUUUUCUUUACCUCAAAUGCCUGAAAAUAAAAACAGUGAUCUUAAUUUACCAAUUGUAAAACAUUUUAGACCGACACAUGUUAAAGAGAAUGAAAAUGCAUCUUGUAGAAACAAAGAACAGGAGCUUAUUAUGCCUUACCAUUCCAUUCAUCAAUUGCAACAGAAUUCAGAUCAAUCUCUGUCAGCAUUAUCUUCUAGCUCAUCCUGCAAACAAGAAUCAGGAUCAAGACCAAAAAUCUUUCAAGGCAACAGAGAAAUAAGUCUUUCACUUGAUGUCCCUCUUUAUCAUUGGACAAAGUAUGAUGUUAACAACUGGCUAACAGAAAAUGGAUUUGACAAAUUUGUUAAAGAAUUUUCUGACUUAGAUGGUCCAUGUUUGGUCGAACUUAUACAUUGCUUUAAUGCAGACUCUGAAGUUAUUCAACAUCAUCUUAAAACAUUAGGUUUCACUUUUCACGAAAGUCUAAUGUUGUCUUCUCAUUUAAGAUUAUUGGCAAACCAUAAUGGAAUAUUUUGAAGUUUCUUAUAUUUGAUUUUAUGGUUGAAUUUAAAAAAGUUAAUUUAGUGUUUGCUGAUUAAAAAAAAAUAAAACAGUUACAGAGGUUUAA